AUGUGGCAAUUAUUCGUGCUGCUUCUAUGGUGCUCCAAAGUCAGAAGUGACUGGGUGCUCGACGUCGCUGCGUGGAAAGAUGUACCGGAUAAUGUAGCUGGCUUUAAGCCCCGACCCAAUAUGUCAAUGACAUUCGAUAGCGAUUGGGUCAUAGACUUCGUCCUCCCAAAACCGAAUGCUUCAGAUGGAGCGAAAGAUAAGGAGUCUCGGAGGCCAGAAGGUCCGGAGAUGGUUGCUUUUCAUAUCGAACAAAACAAGGUCGACUCGUCAUCUUCUGCUUGCGGCUCUAUCCUUCACGAACUCGGCAAUCUUAUCCCAAUAGCCUUGGAAAAUGUCAUGAACAGUCUUUAUCGCCCCAUUAAUCCCGCAAAAGCACGCCCGGGAUUUUCAACCGAUUACAUAUCCGACAAAGCAAAGCAAUUUGGCUCAAGAUUUGCGGACUACAAUCCUUUUACUACGACUCCGGGUGGGGGUGCAAGGACCGAUUAUGACAAUGAAUUCCCUCCCCCCUAA